AUGAACCCCUCCGUGAAUGGCUUCUACGGCGCACAGCCGCCAAUGAUGAACCCGCCGCCUCCACGCAUCUUUGGCAGCGGCCAAUUCGACCCCUCGCAGCUUCCCCAGAACAUGUUUGCCCAGGACGACAUGGACGACCAAAACGACCAGGGAGAUGCAAAGAGAAGACGCAUCGCAAGGGCCUGCGACAUGUGCCGAAAGAAGAAGAUCAAAUGCGACGGCAAAAUGCCCUCAUGCACGCAUUGCCAGAACUACAAGACCGAAUGCAUCUUCACACAGGUUGAGAAGAAACGCCAGCCUCCGAAAGGCGCCAAAUACAUUGAAGGUCUCGAGAACCGUCUAGCACGCAUGGAGUCGCUGAUGCGCCUGUCUGGUGUGCUUCCAGAGGACGACGACGGCAGCACCGAUCUUGCGACCAUCGAGAAGCGAUUGACAGACCGGGCUGGGCGCUCGGAAACACCCAGACAGAGCCUGUCUGAGGACAGGAGGCAGUCGACAGUACCCCCAUCUACCAACUAUGGCACACCGGUGCAGCCGACCCUCCCGAGCCCCAGGAGUGGCACAGCUUCACCUGAACCAGAAACACAGUCCGUGGGGAAGGGCAAGGAUGGAGAUGACGCACUCGCAGAGAUGAUGUGCUCUCUGGUCACCAAUAACUACGGCGAGACCAGAUAUAUUGGCUCGUCGUCUGGCUUCUCCAUCUUCUCACCCAAAGGUAUCCAAUGGGUGAACGAGAAAACGGGCGACUCUUCCUUCCAGAACAUGAUCUCUACAGCAGCCGUAGAAGAUAACAAGUGGAUACAGUGGCGGCCAGACGUAUUCCAGGACAUCUUCAAGCGCCGAGUCUACAAGCAGCUACCACCAAAGCACGAAGCCCUAUCACUCCUAAAGGACUACUUCGAGAACUUCAACUGCAUGUUUCCACUGUUCCAUGAGCCGACCUUUAUGCACCUUGUGGAUAAACACUACUCAAAGGACCCCUACGAAGGCUCAGGCUGGUGGGCUAGCCUGAAUGUUGCCCUGGCUUUCGCCCAUCGAUUGCGUGUCAUGAGCAACCUGGUGGCAGCAGAGGAAGACGAAAAGGCUUGGCAGUACCUCAAGAAUGCCAUGAGCGUGAUGGUCGAGCUGACGAUGCGCAACACUGACUUGCUCAGCGUACAGGCUUUGUUAGGCAUUGGCUUAUUUUUACUCGGCACCCCGAAUCCACAACCCACGUAUUUCUUCGUUGCAACAGCAAUGCGACUCGCACAUAGCAUUGGGCUGCACAAGAAGGGAGCCAACUUCAAUCUCAAUAAUGCCGAGGUUGAACAACGGAAGCGUGUAUUCUGGAUUGCGUAUAUGCUCGACAAGGACAUUUGCUUGCGCUCCGGUCGGCCGCCUAUCCAAGAUGAUGAUGACAUGAACGUUGAGUUACCGAGCGAAUUUCCAUCAGACAACAUAGGCAACAUUCCACUUGCAGACGGGAAGGGGACGAUGAAUUUGUUCCGCCUCAUGUGCACAUUUUCCAUCAUUCAGAGCAAAGUCUACAAGGGACUGUACUCUGUCAAAGCGUCGAAACAAACAGACGGCGAACUUCUCAACACGAUUGGCGAGCUGGAUCGAAUUUUGGAAGAAUGGAAAGACGGCAUCGCCCUCGAGUUCCGCCCCGAACACGACAUCAAAGCCUCACAUACGCCUCUCAUCCUCCAGGUUGCAGUUCUGCAUCUCGGUUACUACAACUGCCUGACCACGAUCCACCGCAUGAGUGUGCACCAUGGCUACUGGACGAGCCGACUAUCGAAUUUUGCCAUCCAAGGCUUGAACGCUCGUCCACUCAACCCCCGAGUCUUCAUGUCAGCACAACUAUGUGUACAGGCAGCUCGGGCCUCGAUCCACUUGCUCAAGUAUAUUCCCAAGGGGGAUCUGUCCUGCAUUUGGCUCGUUAUUUACUUCCCUGUCACAGCACUCGUCACUUUGUUCGCAAACAUCCUGCAAAAUCCACAGGAUACGAGGUCAAGAUCGGACCACAAACUGAUGAAGCUUGUCGUGAACUUCCUGAACAUGCUCAAUGACGAACAAGGCAGCGGCAGCGUCAAGCGUAUGUGCAGUGUAUGCGCAGAGUUCGAGCGCAUUGUUGCCAUUGUUCUAGACAAGACAGAUAGAGAGCAUGCCUCACGCCGUAAGAGGAAACUGGGCGACACCGAGCAGGACGCUCAAAUAGAAGCCACAGCAGCCGAGCUAUUGUCGACACGGCACGAGUCGCUCUCACAGUCGUCACCAAACGUCGCACCCUCACCGCAGCCGCCACCUCCUCAGCAAGAGGGUCUCAUCUUCAACUCCGACUUCCAAGGCUUCAACGAGCCUUUCCCAUUCUCACCCAACUUCACUCAUGCCUCGUUGCAGGCCAACGCACCCAUGCGCCAAUACGGCUCACCCUCUAUGACCGCGCAAAUGAUCCAGCAACAAGGCAAUCUACCGAUGACAACUGGCGCCGACGUCAAUAGCAUGAACAACAACCUCAAUGCCAUGGCAAUGGGCCAAUUCGAUCAGACAUUCAACAGCGUCCCGCAAGAUCUCUGGAAGAUGCCCAUGACACUUGAAUGGGACUGGGCAGACAUGACUGGUUACAGCGGCUACGAAGACGGCAUCAGCAUGAACGGCGUAAUGCCUGAUUACUCCCAAACAAAUCACGGAACAAGUCAGUUCAAUCACAACAACAUGAACGGCGGACGGUAA